ACACACACACACACACACACACACACACGCACGCACGGUGAUGACGUAGGUGCUGCGUAAACACAGAGAGCUCUUCCGGUCGUCUCGUGAAACAUAUUUAAUUUAUUCUUGGUUGAAAGUUGUUGAAACCUGGUUUUAGGGGGACAUGCGGGUUGCGGGACUAGUUUGGUGUUGGAUGAACAGUCCGUAUUCCUCCGCUCGUGUGUAAGUGUUGAAGCACAAGGACCCGGAUGGACUGUCAUGGCCGCCAUGGCUGUGUUCCUCAGAGAGGAGGAGGAGGAAGACUAUCGCUAAAGCGGUGUGUGUUUCAGCUCCAGCCUUCAUGUCCACCGCUGACGGGACGGAGGAUCAACUUGUUCACACUUCAGGGUAUCUGCAGGUUCCCAGCUAUGGAAGAAGAACUCUCUUUACCUCAGGACUCAGCCAAAUGUAACCUAUCAGCAGCAGAGGAUGAAAAGGAAAAGGUGGUGGACUUUGUGUAUAAGCACUUCAGAGGAGUGACAGAUGGCUCCAUCUUCAGCUCUGUAGAAGAAUCUCCCAUGAAGGACCAUGGCGUCUCCACUAAGAGAGACAGACCAUCUCUAAAUAAAGCCCACUGUAAGAUCCAGCAGGGGGCUGUGUUCUCUGGAAAAAUUCUGAGUUUUGAAUGCUCGGUGUGUAAAGAUGGUUCCACUUACAGCCCCAACGAUCUCCUGAAACAUUUCCGGGCGGCUCAUAAAGGAACCCUCCCCACGUAUCCAUGUGACCUGUGUGGCUUUUUUACAAAUGAGUUCCCUGCACUUCAGCGCCAUCGGAUCGAGCACAGGAACACUCUGGUCACAUGUGAGCUCUGCAACGAUGAUGUUCAGUACUCUCUGCUACUACUCACAAGACACUACAUCAUGUGUCACAGUCUGAAUGGACAGUUCACUUGUGAAUGGUGCGAGUUUACAACCAUGGAUGCAGGUACAUUUGUCCAGCACAUCCAUCAUCAUAAUGAGAGUCCAUGGAAGUGUACAAAAUGCAGACAUAUCAGCCUAAGCGAAGAGGAUCACCAGAAGCAUAUGAAAGCUCACUCUGGCACAUUCCCCUUCACCUGUCAGAUCUGUGGAUAUGGAGCAGCAAGGAGUGAGUACCUGAAAAACCACACAGCAGUUGUUCACAAAGAGGAGGCUGACAGAAGAAACACAUGGAAGUCUGGAGAGGACAUCAGUCCAGUAAAUUCGUCAACAGGCUACAAACUUCUCCUCAAAAAGAGUGAGUCCAAACUGAACUGUCUCACUGGGACUAUAUCAAACCAAAAUGGUCGCCUAAUCAAACCAGAGAUGUCCUUGGAGGAGUCCCACCACUUUGUAGAUGGGCCUGGUGCUAAAAAGGACAAAAACUGGAGCAAAGGCCCUCAUAACACAGAGCAGUCAAUGUCGGUAAUGUUACAGGACUGUGACAGCUCCGCAAGUUCUGAUGCUGCAGCUCACACCAGCCCUAACGGACUUACUGUCCUGAUGGUGAAGAACAAAAUCUCUCUUCCUCCAAACUGCACAACCAAAGUCAUGGGAUUUAAGAUGGUCGAGGGUAAGAAACAUUUAGUUCUCAAAGUGAUACCGACAGCAAAGCAGGACCUGUCCACUCAGAGCAGUUGCUCUGCACCAAAUCCUGUGUUCGAUAAAAGUAAAGUUGUUAUUGAGAAUGGGGAGGGGUCUAACAGUAAGAGCUCAAAUACAAGCUGUUAUCCUGUUUCACCAAGAAGUGGAUGUUGUACACAGAUGGAUCAAGAUGAGAUAAUGACCGUAAAAGUUAAGAUUGAGGAGGAAGAAACCUCUGUUUGCAGCCUGGAUUGCACUCCGCAAAGAGACAGGGGACAACCUAAUCUGUCACUGAGCAGGUUGUCUACCUGUGCAGACUCAUUGUACCCCGCGACAAAUGAGUUUGACCAAAGUCACCUGAGUCAGAACACCUACUCAGAGAGACGUAUGUCUGAUGGUAACUCAGUCUCUGAUGCAGCCAGCCACAACUGCUCUGAAGUCAGUAAUACUUCAGGAAUGUGUGCAGGGGAGGCCACUGGUUUAUCUACACCUGCAAAAGUGUCUCAGAAAAACUUUCUUUCCAAACAAGUCACCAAAAAACCUGUAGAAGAGUUUUCACUGAAUUAUAAAGCUGCAGACAAACGCAGAGACAAACGCAGGACAAACUCCUUCAACACUACAGAAAAUGAAGACCCGUCUCCUCAGAGUCCUCUUGAAAUUGACAACUCUGAAAACAGUAGAACUGAGAUUCAACAAAAAAAUGGCCAGCAAGUAGAAAGUGUCAUGAGCUCAGAAAACUGCACAAAAAACUCUUCACCCAACCAAGAAGUAUUCUCUUUUCACAAUUACUCUAAGGAAUCAUUCAGCACUUACACUACCCAUAACUUUAACUCUACGUCCAAACAUCCAGCAGACAGACAUAGUGUUUGUGAAUCAUCACGGUUAAGCUUGAGUUUAGCAGAAUCUCCAGAGCUCAGUCAGAGUAGUACCGGGGAAGACUUGAGUCUAGAAAGGAAUCAGGAGGAUGUAGAGAGGCUGGCAGAUAGUGACAGUGAGGCAAAUGAGUGCAUGGUUGACGAUCCUCCCUCAGAGGAUGAAAACUCAGAGUCAGUUCUUCAGGACUUUAAUAUUAUCAAGAUUGAGGAAGAGAGCGUUCCCAUAUCCAAAAACCAACCAGAAACAAAGAGUGGUUCAAAUUCCUCUGGCAGUUAUGUGGAGAACCAUUCUGAUGCAAUUAUCACCCAGCAGCAUAAUAAAGAAAGAGUAGUAUCUUCAAAUGCAGGCACAGAUUCCUUAAAACAAACAAAAACCACCCUACGAAUUCUCCAGCUGCCUGAAGGUAAGCAGCCGGUACUCCUCAGGACUACCGAGAACCGAUACGCCAUGCCAGUGCAGGUCAAGGCCAGUCCAGGUUUUAAACUGAUAACCAAUUCUACAAACCCUCAGAUCAAUGUUUCUUACAUGACCCCAGGAUCAGAAAGGUCAUCAAAUCCUGCUGGCCUGACCCUUAGUCCAAACAACAGGAGGACAGGUGUCUCAGUACCAAAGGCAGUGACUUCUGAAAAAGGGACAACCCUCCUUUCUGCUGUCCAACCAGGAGUUAACAACACCUCAAAUCACUACUUUAUCAACAGUCAAGGUUUCAAGGGUCCUGUACUCCUCUCAAGCACACCGCAUAAUACACCUACAGACAAAACUAACAAGACGCAGCCAACCUGCUACUUAGUACAAAGGUCUGUACCAUUUGGUCAGACCCCCAGUACUCCUGGCCUCAGAUUAGCAAGUACUCAAAUUCCCCUGAACUCACGACCAGUUCUCGCCAUGCCCGUGAACUCUGCAGACAAACCCAACACUCUACAGGCUGGACGGCAGGCCUUCUUGCUCCGAUACAUCUCUCCUUCUAAAACAGGCCCUGGUCCGAACAACCUGGAAGCAAAGACUGGUACUCCAUAUAUCCAAACCAACGAAAGUGCUGGAAACAAAGUCUUUUUCAAAAUUGUCACUCCUACUGGUAGCCUUCUCACAACCGGAGCUCCCAGCUCAAGCAGUCAACCUUUGUUUUUGGCUACCAGACCUCAGACCCAAUGUUUUCUGGUUUCAUCCAACAAAACUAAUGGGAACGCUCCAACCGCAGUACAGAAACUGAUCGCUAUACAAAAUGGUUCACAGAGAGAGGUCAAGGAAUCUUGUCUUUCCCUCAGUCAUGUGAUUGACAAGGUACCACCCUGUGAAUUAGAGAAACCCAUCCUCGCCCCAAGGCCCAUCCGACCUCCGAGCCAAAGGAAAAGGCGCAGGAAAACAUUAUUUGACGAGCUUCCCGAAACGGUGCACAAAGCUAGGAGACUCGCACAUAAAGCAGGGGCUGAGAAAGAGACCUGUGUGUUAUGGAGGCCUCUAUCCAAAGACACUGAGAGGACACUGAGACUCGCCCCGUUCAGUUCCCUACAGCAAGUCAAAUGCCCCCGCAGAUACCAACCCGUUGUGGUUCUCAACCAUCCAGAUGCUGAGAUCCCUGCAGUGACCAGUAUCAUGAAAGUAGUCAACAAGCACAAAGGUGCUGUCGCCAAGGUCUCCCUGUCUCAGAAAACUGUCCAAGCACUGUCUGAACUUAGUGCUGAGGGGGAGAACUCCUCGAUCAAGCUUGGGUCAUGUCAUAGUGACGAUCCAACACCUCAGACAGUUCGGAGUUCUGUCCGAGAACGGUUCCUCUUGAAAAUGAAGUUAAGGAAAAAGAGCAGGAAAAAGUAUGAGGUUGUGGACCCUUCAUCAGGGUAUUGUCAAGAGGCUGCGGUGUUUACCUGCUGGUUCUGUGGCCGGCUCUUUAACAGCCAAGAAGACUGGAUCGGCCACGGUCAGCGACACCUCAUGGAGGCCACCAGAGACUGGAAUAAAUUGUUCUGAAAGUUUCCUGUAGGUUGGUUUUAUGGAACAAAUAGUUGUAGUUGUAUAUUUUUAUACUGACCUUCCACUCUAUGAUUGUAAUAUUUCAGUUUCUGUAAAUAUAUAUUCUUAUGUGAUUCAUAGUUUAUCUUUCAUAGGUGCUUAUUCUGGUAAAUAUGUACAGACUUCAUGCACACAGGUCAGAUCUAUCUGUGAAAAUGGUACACUGUAAUGUAAAGAGCUUACAGCAAGGGGGCGAUGUCAGCACAGGUUGUAUGCAGAGUCAGAUUCAAUAACUCAGGUGAUUUAUAUUAAUCUGCUAUGUCAUUUUUCUGAUGGAAACCCUGCUUUAAGGGACUUUUGUAUCUUUCUUCUACACAUGAGGACAGGUCACUGUAAAGGUCAAAGUUUGUCAUUUUAUUCAGCUGUUUUUGUGCUCCUGAUUGAAGUUUGGAUCCAAAUAAUUUCUUUUUACCGUGUUUUGAAUAAAGGAGCUAUAAUUUUACACUAAGGUCAGGAGGACGAGUUUACAGUUUGUCUUUCAGGACAAUGUCUUGUUUCAUGCUUGUGUCAGAGCUGGAGCUGAUUUAUUCACUGUUGUCUCUUCAUUCUGCCCAGUGUUUUAAUACAAACACAGUUUGACUUGAGCCAGGACGUCUCAUAGCUGUCAGUGUUUUAUAAAAGACUGUAGCAGGUAUGUUUCACAGCUGGCUGAGCUACAGACAGAACAAUCAACAUUUCUGAACUGUUGAUGCUUUAGUUCUUUUUGUCACUUUGCCCUGUAAAUCAUUUUAAUCUUCAUUUGAUUUCUGAAUUCACUGAGCAUGUUUAAAGACUUUAAACCAAACAAUAUAAAGUAUAGUCUGGGUACAAAGUUUAAAAAGUAUCAGAACCAUCUUUUAUCUCUUAUUUCAAUGACCGGUAUAAUCAAGAAGUUACCACAGGGUUUCAACUAGUAAUAAGACAAAUACAAUCUAAUACAAUCUUAAAA